CACACAACCCCGCUGGUUGAUUUCAAUGACUGCUUGGUCUGAUACGCAUCUAUUCCUACUAUAAUAUGCCCGCUGUCGGCGACCAGCACCGAGGCAACCCAGCGGCCAUCAUGAUGCCUAACGCAACCGGAACAGCCUCUGCAAAUCCAUUCGAAGAGCCCCAACGUCGUAUAAAUGAGUACACUGCUCAAGAAAUUGCCACACUUCAAUCACGCCUCGAUAAGAAGCUAGGACCCGAAUACAUCUCUUCCCGUCCAGGAGCUGCGGGGCAGAGAGUACAUUAUCUGUCGGCCGAUAAAUGCAUCAACCUAGCAAAUGAAGUCUUUGGAUUCAACGGCUGGUCGAGCUCGAUCCAGACUAUUCAGAUUGAUUUCGUCGAGGAGAACCCGCAAACUGGAAAGAUCAGUUUAGGCCUCUCAGUUAUCAUGAGAGUAACCCUGAAGGACGGAACAUAUCAUGAGGAUAUCGGUUACGGGCAUAUUGAGAAUUGUAAAGGCAAAGCUGCUGCCUUUGAGAAAGCCAAGAAAGAAGGGACAACCGAUGCUCUCAAGCGGGCUCUGAGGAAUUUCGGCAACGUCCUGGGCAACUGUGUCUAUGACAAGGACUAUGUCUCGAAGGUUACCAAAGUCAAGGCCAUGCCGGCAAAAUGGGACGUUGAUGAGCUCCACCGCCAUCCUGAUUUUAUGCCGAAGAAAGAGCCUGUGAAACCGAAGCCCAGCUCAGAAGAUGAUGAUCUACCGCCUCGCCCAGUUGAUCUUGGAAAGAGCAACAACCUCGAUGAUUCCAUGGCGUUUGAUGGCGAUGGGGAGUUUGGAAGUGACCUAUUCGAUGAGGCCGACUUUGGCGUUGGCGGAGCAGGCAACCCAGACGAGGUAGUACUGGGACCGGAGACAAGAAUGCUGCAGCAGCCACCAACGCCUCUAAACGGGCCUAAUGCACAAGGGCGGCCAUUCGACAACAAUGCCCGUGCGCCAAUAAGGCCCAACCCAGCCAUGGUAACGCCAUCCAAGUCGGAACGAACCUUUAAUCCAGCCCCUGCCGCCAGACAAAUUCCCGCCCCUCAGCCUUUCAACAACAGAGCCAACCCCUCCGCAGCCCAAAGCCAAUUUCCACAGCAACGACAAUCCGUACCCCCUCAAGUUCCGCAACAGAACCUCGCCAACAACCGAAUGAACCCACCGGCGCAAGCAGCCGCCUCAGCAGCUACAAACAGUGCUGGACCCAUGAGGCAAGAUGCUGGGGCACCCACCACCAACGAUCCCGCCAACCCCCAAGAAACAGUUCCCCCCGGCACUCCCUCUGCAUCGUUCUUCUCAGCUCGCGCAGUCGAUCUUAUCCGCGACAACCCUAACGGCGUCCCAUCCGGAGCCCCGACCUUCGACCUACAUGCGGAGAGUCCCUCCAUUCGCAAAACAGCAGGCAUCGACCACAACAAGUCCUCCAAGGUCUCCCGAACUAUGGUCUCCGGCACCGGCACCGGCACCUCCCCCGCAGCCAACAACACCCGGGAUUUUGUCAACCCAUCUCAAGACCCGAAUCGCAAGAUCGGUGCCCCGGGAAUGAACAGUCCCAUGAACAGAGGCCCAUCGACUUCAUCAUACCGUCCCUUGACACGACCUAACCUUCCUUCGGGCGCUGCAGCCGUUAAUCGCGGCACUACACCCGGUCUCGCACCUCAGAACUUGAAUGGGAAGCGUCCUCCUUUGUCAGAUCUGACGAACGCAUCGAACCCGAGUGGCAGCGGGCCUGCUCCGACGGGUGGUGUGAAUGAUCUGAAACGAGUCAGGAUUGACCAGGGCCCUGUUGUGCCACCACAGCAGCAGCAGCAGCAGCAACAACAACAACAACAGCCACCGCAGCAACAGUAACGGAUUGACGUUGAUUGCAAUAAUUUUUAUGACGUAUCUCGGUAUUCUUAUGGGGUACAUUCAUGACAAUGGCGUUCAGGGACCGGAAAUGGAAUGGGUGCUCGUAAAGGCGGAUACCGGAUGUUGAUGUUGAUGUUGUAUUGUUGGAUGUUGAACUAGUCUUCGCCUCUAUUAUAGGUAAAUGAUACUUAUCACAAGAUACCUGC